AUGGCGACAUCUGAACCUUUAGAGUUUCCCAAUAUGCCAAACGGUAAACCGCGGCGCAAUGGGAUUAACGCCAAUGGGAAAGGACUUAAACCAAAUGGUGUUAAUGGCACUACUUCAACUGACGGUCAGAAUGGACAUUAUCAUGGGGAUAGUGGACUAGGCGAAUCUCUUGAUGACCUUAAAAAUAUCAAUGGUCACACACAAUCAAAUGGACAUUGUUCAAGUGAUGAGGAACAUCCACAUCUUGACAAAUCACAUCGAAUUGAAUCUUUUGGUGCUCGUACUACAGCAUCAGGGGGUCAACCGAGACAAAAUUCUAAGAUCCGGACAUAUACCGAUGAUCCUGACAGCAGAAACUUUCCUCGGAUAUCGAAACCUGUAGAGCUUCUGAGGAAUGCUUAUGAUGUAGUGGUGAUUGGAUCAGGUUACGGUGGAUCAGUUGCUGCUAGUCGUAUGGCAAGAGCUGGACAAUCAGUAUGUCUCUUGGAAAGGGGGAAGGAAAAAUGGCCAGGAGAGUAUCCCAGUGGCACCAAGCACGCGAUGGAGGAACUUCAUGUAUCAGGAAAUUUUGCUCCGGGAAUUUUACCGGGUAUGAUGGUGGAAGAGGGAGAUCCUACAGGCCUUUAUCAUCUCAUAUUUGGAAAAGGUCAAAAUGCCUUCGUAGCCAAUGGUUUGGGUGGAACAAGUCUUUUGAACGCCAAUAUAUUUCUCGAAGCCGACAAAGACACUCUGGCGAUGGAUUGUUGGCCAAAGGAAUUGCGAGAGGAAAAGGCUCUAAAAGAAUACUAUGAUCGAGCUGCAUCUGUUCUACAACCUCAAAGUUAUCCAGAAGACUGGCCUGCACUUCCCAAGUUGACAUUGCUGGAGAAGCAGGCUAAAAUUCUCGGUAUGCAUGAGAAGUUUUAUCGCCCACCACAAACUACUCGAUUUCUUGGAGGACCAAAUAGUACUGGAGUUGAGAUGUAUCCAUCUGCUUUGACGGGUAUGGAUUGCACUGGUGUUAAUGAUGGAAGCAAAAGUAGUACUUUGGUCAACUAUCUCUCAGAUGCAUGGAAUUGGGGAGCAGAAAUGUUCUGUGAAUGCGAAGUAAGAUAUGUUAAAAAACAUCCAGAUCCUAAACAAGAAGGUUAUCUCGUAUGCUUUGCAUGGCAUGGAAGCAAUCGUGGAUCUUUCAAGACCAAUAUUUACGAAGAUCUCCUGUGGGUACACGCAAAGAAGUGUGUCUUCCUUGGAGCCGGAUCGAUUGGCUCAACAGAAAUUCUUCUCCGAAGUAGGACCUUAGGAAUGAGCAUGAGCGACAGAGUAGGCAAAUCCAUGAGUGGCAAUGGAGACAUGUUAGCUUUUGGCUAUAACACUGAUGAGAACGUUAACUCAAUUGGACGUGCAUCCCCCGCGGUAGAUAAUCCUGUUGGUCCUACUAUCACAGGCAUCAUCGACAAUCGAGAGGGCCAUGCAAAUGUUUUGGAUGGAUACGUUAUUGAAGAGGGUGCGAUUCCAAAAGCACUUGCUCCACUAUUUCAAUUCAUGCUUGAGAAGCUUCCAGGUUCUGAAGCACCAGCGGAUUUGACAACUCUUGAGAGAUUGAGGCACACAUUGUCAUCUGCAGGGAGUCGUUUUUUGGGUUUAUACUACAAAAAGGGUAGUAUUGAGAGGACACAAACAUAUCUUGUUAUGAGCCACGAUACCAAUCAAGCCAUCCUUACUCUCAAAGAUGAUAAACCGUGUCUUGAGUUUCUUGGUGUGGGUCGAAGUGAUCAUGUUAGGAAAAUCAACAACGUCCUCAAAGAAGCCACAGAAGCUGUCGGUGGAACAUUCGUCAAUAAUCCCUUCUAUUCAGCACUAGGCCAGCAAGAGAUUACCGUUCAUCCUAUCGGAGGUGCUUGCAUGAGUUCGGAUAACACCGCACAAUACGGAGUUACUAAUCAUUUUGGAGAACUUCUCACUGGUAGUGGUAGUGAGACAUAUCCUGGUCUCAUAGUUUCCGAUGCUGCUGUUAUUCCCUGCGCACUAGGCGUCAAUCCAUUCGCAACAAUUACAGCGCUGGCUGAACGCUCAGUUGCUCAUGCCGCGAAGAAUCUCAAUCUUAGUAUUGAUUAUGAUACCAGCAAUGGAGUAUUAGAUUUGUUCGGCGAACCGAAGUUUGCUCCCAUGCAAUUGCAAAGUUAUAGCACACAGAACUUUGAAGUUGAAGUGGCUACUAAGAUGAUUGAUGAAUCUGAAGAUUCCCAAACGAGCGGUUUUGGUUUCACUGAGGUGAUGGAGGGAUUUGUUCACAUUGGAGAGAAUUUGAAGGGUGACCAUCCAGAGGACUACGAAAUUGCUGCCAAGACUGCUAGGGGGCUUUGCGAGGCUUCAAGGUUCUUUUUGAGUGUCAAAACUUUUGAUACACGUAGAAUUGUUCAUCGAGCGGAUCAUUCGGCUAUGCUAACUGGCACAUUUGUUUGUGCUUCAUUACCCGGUAGUCCUUUUAUGGUUCAACGUGGAGACUUCCAACUCUUCAAUGUCGACCAUCAAGCUCCUGGUACUCGAAAUCUAACAUAUGAUUUCGAUAUGACCUCUACUGAUGGAAAGCAAUUACACUUCCAUGGUUUUAAAAUUGUUGAUUCAUCAGUUGCUCUUGGGCCAUUGAAAUUCUGGACCGCCGCAUCAACAUUAUACGUCACCAUCACUGAGAAAGACGCCAACAAAACUGUACUAGGAAGAGGAAUGAUGCAUAUCCGACCCAAAGAUUUCCUAUCGCAAAUUUUCACACUCCAGGCUUUUGGUCGUAACUUUUGGUCUAGACUUCAAUCUACCACAAGCUUUAUGACUUUCUUCGCGAAACAAUCAGCCAACCUCUUCUUCGCUCCAUUUACAUAUCUUCAAUACCCAACCACCCUUCUUCACGUCUGGGAGCCCCAAAACCCCAACAUCGAAACCAAAAAUCUCGUCUUCAUCCCCGGCGCCUCAGUCGAUCAUCAGAUCUUCGCGCUCCCAACAAUCGAGAUAAACGCCAUCAAUUACUUCACCCGAGCUGGCUACCGCUGCUUCGUUGUCGUCCAUCGCAUCUGUCAACUCGCGGUCGCAGAAAAUAACUGGACCACUUUCGACGCACGUCUCGAUAUCAAAGCCUCGCUCCAAUGGAUCCGCAAAGAACAUGGCCAUGAUCCUAUUUAUACAAUCGCUCAUUGUAUGGGCUCUGUGGCGUUUUCGUCCGGACUCCUAGAUGGUACUAUUCCCGCGAACUGGAUCUUAGGAGUCACCUGUUCGCAGGUCUUUAUGAAUCCAAUCUGGGCAACUUUGAAUUUGGCCAAGGCGCUCGCGGGUCCCAUUCCCUUUGACAAGUUGUAUAAAUUCUUUGGGGGAAAUUGGUUCAGCUGUAGUAGUACGAAGGAAGACUCAUAUUUCCAACAAGCGGUCAAUCAGCUGUUGAGAUUCUAUCCCGAUAAGAGGUGUGAGAUUUGUAAUAAUGUUUCGUGUCAUCGCUGUUCGUUGAUUUUCGGUCGUCUCUGGAACCACAACAACCUCAAUGAAGCCACCCAUCGUCAAAUCAACCGUUUCUUCUCCGGCGUCAACAUGACGUGUCUCCAUCUCCUCAUGAAAAUGGGCACCAUCGGGCACGUUACCGGCAACGCACCGCUCUUUCACCCGCUCACCUCGUCCAAAAACAUUCGUCGUCUCAAAGGUAUCCCUUUCUUCCUCUUCUCCGGCUCGGACAACAAAGUCCUGAAUCCAGAGAGCACGACAAAGACGCUGGAAAUUCUGAGGGAUGAAAACGGUGGAGGGACCGAGUUUGAAAUGUAUGAACGCACGGAGAUUAGAGGGUAUGGACAUUUGGAUUGUUGGAUGGGCAGGGAGGCAUAUAAGGAUGUGUAUCCCGAGGUGAGGGAGCGCGUGGAUAGAGUGUGUAGGGGAAGGGAGUAUAGGUUUGAGGGAAGUGUGGAGGGGAAGAAGGGGAUCUAG